UUUUGGAAACAAGAAGGAAAACGUUUGGAGAGCACAAUAGUAAACUUUUUGUUUAAGUAUUCAAUUUUUUUAAAGCGAAGUGAAAUGGGUAGGGAGCAAAAUGGUUUUGUAUCUUAAAGGAGCGAGGGGCCCUUGAACGAACAAAUAGGCAACCUCAUAGUCAUAGGGUGCUAAGGCAUUCAGAUAUUUUGUUGAGAGAGGAAAAGCGGGUACUUUUUCGAUUUGCCGUUAGAACGGUUCAUCCGUACAAAAACCGACGGUGGGCAAGGGCUAGCUACGAUUUACGAUGAUCGGCAAAAACCACGAUGAACCAUUGUCUCUCAUGGACAUUCCCGCCAAAACAGACAAGAAUAAGCGCAAACCUUCGACAAGCGCGGCUCCCAACGAUCACCGGAAGAAGAGGCGGAGAUUAGCAGUUAGUUCAGAAACUGCAAUCCCUAAAUCUAGCGACCCUCAAAAGCUUGCCGCAUCGAGUAGGUUAAAGACAAUUUGUUCUCCCUCUCGAACCUCACGGAAACACGGGAAGAGGAGGUCCAGUCAGACGGAUGGUCAUCGUCGAUGGGUCUACUCUGCUCGUGAUUGCUCAAGAUUUAUAGAUAAGUUUAUGGUUGCUUCAUAUAACAUACUAGGAGUGGAAAAUGCAUUGAAUCAUCCAGAUUUAUAUCAUAGAGUGCCUUCCAAAUUCUUGGAUUGGAGUUUCCGGAAAGAGCUUAUAUGCAAUGCAAUUAAAUUUUAUAAUGCAGGCAUCUUAUGUUUGCAGGAGGUUGACCGUUUUGAUGAUUUAGAUGAACUUUUCCAAAAUUAUGGCUACAAAGGUGUUUACAAGGCUAGAACUGGUGAAGCAAAUGAUGGAUGUGCUGUAUUUUGGAUCGACAAACUAUUUUCCCUUUUGCAUCAAGAAACUAUAGAGUUCCAGAACUUUGGGCUACGCAACAAUGUUGCUCAACUAUGUGUUUUGAAGAUGAAUAAAUCAAAAUCAAAGUCCAAAACAAGUCGAAGCUUUGUGAUUGGGAAUAUACACGUUCUUUUCAACCCAAAUCGGGGAGACAUUAAGCUCGGGCAGGUCAGAUUGUUUCUUGAAAAAGCACAUAGCCUUUCCCAGAGAUGGGGAAACGUUCCUGUUAUUAUUGCUGGGGAUCUGAAUAGCAUACCGAAGAGUGCAAUCUAUCAAUUUUUGGCUUCAUCAGAGCUGGAUAUACAACUUCAUGAUCGCAGAAAGAUUUCAGGGCAACUGGAUUUUUCAUCAUCACAUGGAGCCUUCAGAUUUUGUAGUGGGGGUACAAAAUGGUCCAAUGUUUCAACCUCCAAAUCUUUCGGUUGGAGUGAUGAGGAAAUAAGAAUUGCAUCUGGUAGCGAGAAUGUUACCCGUCUUCAGCACCCAUUAAAGCUUUCCAGUGCAUACUAUGGGAUUCCAGGAAGUUAUAAAACAAGAGAUACAAAUGGAGAACCUUUAGUAACUUCAUUCCACUCCAAGUUUAUGGGAACUGUUGAUUAUAUAUGGCACUCGGAAAAACUUGCUCCUGUUAGAGUUUUGGAAACAUUGCCUGUUGAUGCAUUAAAGAAAACUGGAGGACUUCCAAAUGAGAAAUGGGGCAGUGAUCAUCUUGCUCUUGUAUGCGAACUGGCCUUUGAUGACGAUGAAAAUGACAGUUGACUGACUAUUUAAUGACCACCCAAAUUGAAGAAUCUCCUUAAUUUUAUAUUGAGUAGAGGUAAUGGUUAAGAAACAAACGGGUAAAGAGUACUGUGAGAAAAAGGAGUAUCUGGCAAUGCCUGUUUAGUUGUUACUGAGUCAUUUCCAACUUUAUGGCAAAGGUGCGAUGCUUCCCUUAACCAAAUUGUGCUAUUGAAAGAUUCGGUUCUCCUAAUCUUAUGUUAAUCUGUCCCUAACCUAUUGCCCCCACAUGUCUAUUGUCUAGGUUAGCUGUAUUUAUUCAUUAGGUUUUGAAGGUUCAUUUUUUAAUUUUAAUUUCUUCUAAUUAGACUUUACAUUUUGUUUAAAGUUUUUAUUGGUAAUGAGUAGCUAUUUUAAAAUA